AACGAUAGACAUAUAUUAAUCCAUGUGUCACACACAUUUCAUAGUGUGUUCUAUGCAAAUAGAUGGUAUUUAAAAACACAGAAAACCUUUCAGAUACAUGUAUUUACAUGUUUCAGAUCUUUGCAGAAUAAACCGGAGAUAUUUUAAAACUGUAAACGAGAAAUAAAGUGGUUUAUAAAAGCAAACAAACGAGAAAAAAGGGCAAAAUUGCUGUGCUUUUACUUUGACGGCUUACUUCCGGUUUCGGUGUUGUUGCGUCACUACUAUCUGUCGCUUCACAGCUGAGUGAAGAAGCCUGACGGAGGCUGAAGGAGGAGAGCGGAGAUUGAGGGGCGUCCUGACAGAAGCAGCAGGAGGAGAAAAACCAGUUCACCCACUCACCACCAGUUUCACCUCCUCUCCCACGAGACAAACCAGAGUUCUCUUUGUUUUUGGGUUUCCGUCAGCGACCAUCGCGCAGCCACAGCAACACCGCCUGACUGGGAAGUUUGGUCUCGUCCCGGUGAUGUCCGGAUCGUACUGCAAAAGUUUGUACCCGUUCAGCGGGGAGCAGCACCAGCAGGGACUGAGCUUCGAGGCUGGGGAGAUGAUUAGGGUGGUCCAGGCUAUACCCGGAGGCUGGUGGGAGGGGGAGAAGGAUGGAGCCCGGGGCUGGUUCCCCUCAAGCUACGUGCAGGUCCUGGAGAGAACAGCGUCUCUGAGUCAGCUGCCAGUGGAAGAUCUCAAAGACCCUCUCCCUCCUCAGUGGAGAUGCUACAUGUCCCCACAAGGACGGCAUUAUUACGUUAACACCACAAACAAUGAGACGACUUGGGAGAGACCAUCCAGCACACCAGGGACCCCCAAGAACUCUUUCCGACACAAGAACUCUCUUCCAGCAGUGAAUGGAUUUCACUCAGGCGGGACUCCCUUGCAUCAUGUGGAGCAUUCACACAACAGUCUGGUUAGAAAGAGCAGCACAGAGCCGCAGAGCCCUGGAUCGACGUCCCCCACCAGAAAGCAACGAGACAAAGAGACAACGGUUACGAUUAACGGCGUGACAUUCCCAUCACUGGCCUUCAUGUGCGAGCAGCAGUUGCUGAAACCAAACGAAUGGAGCUACUGUGACUAUUUCUGGGCUGACAGGAAAGAUCUCCAAGGCAACGGUUGCAUCACCGGAUUCGAAGUGUUGCUUCAAAAACAGCUGAAGGGUAAACAGAUGCAGAAAGAGAUGGCCGAGUUCAUACGAGAAAGGAUAAAGAUAGAAGAAGAGUAUGCCAAGAGUCUUUCUAAGCUCUCCCAGAUCCCUCUUGGAGGCCAGGAGGAAGGGACUUUGGGGGAAGCUUGGGAACAGCUCAAGAAGAGCCUAGCCAACGAAGCUGAAGUUCACCUAAAAUUCUCCUCAAAGCUUCAGAGUGAAGUGGAGAAACCUUUCCUGACAUUCAGGGAGAACUUUAAGAAAGACAUGAAGAGGUUAGAACAUCACAUAGCCGACCUCCGGAAACAACUGGUGGGACGCUAUGCAGCUGUGGAGAAGGCCCGUAAAGCUCUGGCUGACCGUCAGAAAGAGUUGGAGCUGAAGAGUCAGCAGAUGGAGAUGAAGCUCAGCAGUAAGAUCGAGGAGGACAUGAAGAAGGCUCGCAGGAAGUCCACACAAGCAGGAGACGAUCUGAUGCGCUGCGCUGACCUUUACAACCAGUCUCAGUCCAAAUGGUUUGAGGAGAUGGUGACCACAAGUCUGGAGCUGGAGAGGCUGGAGGUGGAGCGGGUGGAGAUGAUCAGACAACACCUGUGCCAGUACACCACGCUUCGACAUGAGACAGACAUGUUCAACCAAAGUACCAUAGAACCGGUGGACCAGCUCCUACACAGCGUGGAUCCCACAAAAGACCGAGAGCUGUGGGUACGGGAGAAUAAAACUGGUGAAACCAGGCCUGUGGACAUAGAGAUCUGACCUCAGAGCUGUCUGGGCUUUGGACACACACACACACACACACACACACACACACACACACACACACACACACACACACACACACACACACACACACACACACACACACACACACACACACACACACACACAUAUUUCCAGAUCCAAAAGCAGCUCGCUGGCCAUUUGGGUUCCUUGGGAUGAUGACAGUUAAAAUGUUUUUAAGCAACAAAACUCUACUAGAGAAUCUCAGGUGAGACGAUGGAAGAUCAACCUCGUGUGUGUGUGCAUGUGUGAGAAAGCUCUGUGUCACGCAGCAGCGGGAUUAUGAUUAACGAGUUAACAUUCAGACCUGAGAGUGUUGUCUUCACUAGCUGAUAGGAGGACAUGUCCAGGUGUUGAUGCUAAGCUACUGUUGCUAUGGUUUUACUCACAGGUUACAAUAGUGAUGGUUACUGAAGAAAGAGAGAAUUUAUUUUGGUACACAGCGAGGUUUAGUGAGCCUUGUUCAGACCGAACUAGGAGGAGCUAGCUACCGCAGCUAAUGCUAAAGCUUCAAUCCCUUUUUGAUGUACACUUUAUGUAAUAAAACCUUUGCUCAGAGUCACAAAUAAAGCAUAAAGUGACUUUGUGGUCAAAUCCAA